CUGCUUAAAAGGACCCACUCCGCUCUCGUCAUCCGCCUGCCGCCCCUCCACGCGGCCAAAGCAGCGCUCGGCUUCACGGUUUUUGGUGUUCUCGCGCUGCUGGCGCCGCUGCGUCUGAUGCUCACCAAGCAGCCAUCCCUUUGGCACUUUUGGCAACUCGAUCCUCUUGUCGCUGCUCUCUGCACACCCGGGUGUGGUGUAUGGUGUGAUGGUGUGAACCCCACAGAGAAGAAGCAACCGCCCAUCGUACCUGUUGCCUCCCCUCUCUGCGCACGACUUUUAGUUUUCAUCUGGUGUUCACCCUUUCUGCUGCUCCUAUUGGCAAUCAAGAGUUUGUGCUUAGCCUUUGAGACCCGCACGGUGCAAAUCGACGGCUCACAGCUGCUGCACACGUUGCAGCUGUUUGAUUGCACCAUCAACACCACCAUUUCCACCGCUUCCAUUGUUCGCGUCGACCUCUGCAAAAUGGAAUGGCCAUUCUGCAGCAGGUGUUUCUGUCGAGUAGCAGCAGCAGACGGCAAGAAGAUUGACUUUGGCGGGAGUUUGUCCCGAGAGGAGAACGUGUGGCUGCAGCUCGAGGUGCCCUCCUUCCUGCUCAGCCUUGCUGCGGGGUCCGCCUGA